AUGGACUCGCCCGACCACGAGCAUGCCUAUUCAGGCGACCUUGGGGAACCUAUGAGGCCACGACAACUCCCCUCGGACCUGCCCACUUCCCUCAAUGACAGGCGACCUGUCACCAUCAUGAAUGAGGAAACCGAGAUCUACGACGCCUGGCAGGGGCAGUCGCAAUUUCUCACCACCCCCAUGCCCGCCCGCCCGCUCAGUUUCAACCUCUCGCUCGACGACCCGACCUUUGGCGACGAAGACAUGCAGCAGCUCGAGGACAGCGAUAGUCGCCUAGUGCAGAUGCUGGCCCACCAAGCGCGCCUCAAGAACGACAAUGCAGGCGACGAGGCCAAGGUUGUCGCCGACGACAAGUUGUCACACGAGGAAAAGAAAGAGGCUUUACAGGGGCUUUUUACGCUGGCCGCAUCGAAUGGCGAGCUGGAAAGAGUAAAGCGGCUGCUGGAUGGGAAGACGCGGGAAUACAUCAACAUCAACGGCGUCGACGCCGAAGGCACGCCGCCACUAGUCUACGCAAGCUGUUUUGGGCACGAGGACGUGGCAGCUACACUUCUCGAGCAGGGCGCAACUGUUGAUAUGCAAGACAAGAAUCGCUGGACGCCGCUCAUGUGGGCCAUGACAAACCGGCACAAGGCCAUCGUCAAACUUCUGCUCGACCACGGCGCAUCGACGGAUGUCAAGUCUUCUGGAGGAAGGACCGCGUUCGAUUUCGUCGAGCCCAACACCGAGCUGUCCGACUAUCUACACGAGAGCGGAUACGCGAUUGGCAACGUCGGUGUUGGCGACGACUUCUACAGCUCUGGAUUCUCUCAGGACCGCUUUGAGCAAGAAAUGCAGGAGAACGAUUUGAAACGGCGCAUGAUGAUGGAGAGUGCUUUCAAUCUCGAGGUUGAUAUCGGCAACCUUGGCUUGGACGAACAGCCCGAGUCACCUGAAGAGCCAGAAGAAGAAGCGCAGGAAUUCAUCUGGGACAGAUGUCUCAACGACCAGAUGUUUGUCUUCCAAGAAAGCGAGCUGGAACGUAUACUGGACAUUAUCAUCACAAACAUGACGCCGCAGCGCUCUCCGUCGCAAAAGCCAGUUCCCGCAAACAUACUCUUCCUGAGUGCCCGCUACGCACACUAUCAUGCGAACCCGGAACUUCUCGAGACCCUGCUAGUAUCUGCCAUGAACAAGAUAAACGACGUUGUAGAAAAGCACCAGUGGGAUAUGACUGUGCUGGCCUUCUGGAUGUCCAAUGCGACACUGCUUUUACAUUACCUCAAGAAAGACGGCGGGCUCACGAGCGCGACUACUGAGUUUCAACUGCAGAUGGCAGAACUUAUCAAUGAGAUUUUCAUCUUGAUCAUCCGUGACGCUGAGCGAAGGAUGGACAAGAACUUGGACCAGGCAAUGCUCGACCAUGAGCCCAUGCCUGGUUUCGAAGACGUACAGUUCCAACACGAAUGGAAAAUAUUCCGUUCCAAACCCAAGGCAAAGCCAUUAGAACCCCUCGAGAAACGCUUCCGCCCGCCAUCUCCAAAGCGUAGAGCACAGCCAUCACCGCGAAACAUCACUUCUCUCCUAUCAUCCACCCUGUUCGUCCUUGAUCUGUACGAUGUGCACUCUGUCAUUGCUGCGCAGGUGCUAUCGCAGCUCAUUUACUGGCUUUCCGCCGAAGUCUUCAACCGCAUAAUGUCGAACCGGAAGUAUCUUGCACGUACAAAAGCUAUGCAAAUACGCAUGAACGUCUCGACGCUCGAAGACUGGGCUCGUUCCAACAACCGGCAACCCGAACAUUACGAGAACGGCUCCAUGACUUCUACCGGCGAGAACACCGCGGACGCUGCUAAACGGCAUCUCGAGCCUCUGGUGCAACUUCUGCAAUGGCUUCAAUGCUUCUCUUCACUCGGGGAAGACCUAGAGUCGCUCGUGGGUACUCUGCAACAGCUGACACGUCUGUCGCCCCAACAGCUACUACACACCGCGAAAUAUUACCGGCCCGAAGUGGGCGAGAAAGGCCUGCCGAAAAGCGCUUCCAAGUACAUUGUACAUCUGCAAAAAGCUGCCGCUGAUCGUAAAGCCGCACGCACAAAGUCGCCCAAUCCGCCGCCAGCAUCGGAAUCCGUACCAACCACGCCUGUCAGGCCUACUUCCGAUAAACCUGUCGAACCAUCGCCUGCGCCUUCGCGCAUGUCGGAGGAAGACGAGAAGGAUGAGCCACCGGACGAGCUUCUCUUAGACCCGUCGUACAUGCUGCCAUUUUCACUUCCAACGUCAACGGACAUGCUCAUCACCUACGGUGCCGGAUUCGGAGGUGUUAACAAAGAACGAGAGCGGAAAUACAUUCCCACCGUACCCCCCGAGUUUAUGGCCAAGUUGGACUUGAAUGGAGGCAACAAUAAGAAUGGAAGCUCCUACUAUUCAGAGACGCAGUGGAACGAUCCGAGCUAUGGGUGA